AUGGCCGCUCUGACGGAAUUGUUCAGUGAAGCCAAUGAACAGUACGUGAAUGAAAACUACCAGAAAGCUAUCGAGUUAUACACUGAGGCACUGGGGAUAGAUGACAAAAGAGAUGACAUUUACUGCCACAGAGCUCAAGCCUAUCUGCAGCUUGGCAAGUUAGCAGAGGCAGUGGAGGAUUAUGACAGGGCACUGCAGCUGAACGACAACAUCAGUAAAGCUUACGUCAAAAAAGGCUCAAUCUUGUUUGAGCUGAAUGAAUAUGCAAAAGCUCUGGAUGUGUUUAAAGAAGGGCAGAAGCGAUUUGCUUCUGACAAAAUCCUCGAAGACUGGAUCCAUAGAUGUGAAACGGAAUUGACCAAACAAUCAAAGAGAGAGGAUUCUACUGAGGAGAAGAACACACAGCAGAGUUCUGUAUCAAAUGAGCCACCGAAAGUUAAGUACAACUGGUACCAGACUCAUACCCACGUUAUUGUUUCCGUUAUGCUGAAAAAUGUGAAAGAUGAGAACCUCACAGUAGAUGUGAAUUCUAGAGCUCUAAAGGUUUUGGUCAAGAGGCCCGACGACUCGGCCGUUUCGUUGGACCUGACACUGGCUCAUCAGAUAGACCCUCAGCAGACAGCCACCAAAAUCUACAGCACAAAGGUAGAAAUCAAGUUGAAAAAGAAGGAAGGGAUACAGUGGUCCACGCUGGAAGGUUCACCAGAGGAAGAAGUCCCUGAAGUGCUGCCUGCAUGUGCAGCUCCGGUGCAGGAACAGCACUAA